CGACACGUCAGGUUAUAGAUACGUAAAUCCUGUUUCUCCUCUCUUCUUCUUGUUGUUCGUCGGGGGUGUAGUGUGUACACAACUUUUGACUUCCCUCUCAUCUCACUCUUUAUAAUUUUCUUUUUUCUUUUUUUAUACUUGAAUUGAAACCCACCUUCUCUUUCUUUCUUCCUUACAUAACAUUGCUAGGGUUUUCUCCUCCAGAAUCUUUGAUUGCAGUUUGAUGAUUCUUAUUUCAUCUGGGAUGCAGAUUACACUACACUUGAUCAAAGCUGUUUGAUUGAUGGCUGAGACAAAAUGUUACAUCCCCAAUCAAUUGUUAGACCUAGAUCAAAUACAGCAAGAAGCACAGCACCGUUGGCUACGGCCUGCCGAAAUCUGUGAAAUUCUAACCAACUAUCACAAGUUUCAACUCAGAACUAGUCCUCCUGCCAACCCACCAGCUGGUUCUUUAUUUCUGUUUGAUCGGAAAGUACUUCGAUAUUUCCGUAAGGAUGGUCAUCGUUGGAGGAAGAAGAAGGAUGGGAAGAUUGUGAAAGAAGCUCAUGAAAAGUUAAAGGCAGGCAGUGUGGACGUUCUGCACUGUUACUAUGCCCAUGGAGAGGAUAACGACAAGUUUCAGCGACGAAGCUAUUGGAUGCUCGAUAAGCGGUUUGAGAAUAUUGUUCUUGUGCAUUACAGGGAGGUUAAAGAGGGGUACAAGUCAGGUUCCCCUCAUGUGCUAAAUGCAGAUUCGGGAUCCCUGCUUCAAAGUUCUGAAAGCAGUCUGUCACCUGGCUGCUGUCAUGCUUCAGUUGAUAGGAAUGAACAGUCGGCAUCUUCGAGACUAAAUGAUGGGCAAUCUUUCAAAGAUGUUGGGAUUUCUUCCCUUGACCAACCAAACAGGAGCACUUUUCAUGCAGGGUAUCUAGAUAGGGAGCCUUUUCAUCCUGUCCCUGAUUCAUCUACAUGGACCAAUUUCAAUGGAUCUGCCAGGGAUACAAUUACAGCUGAUGUACUAUCUUAUAAGCUAACAGAGGCUCGGUUAGAUGUCGGCAGCCAUUCUCAUGAUUUCUUGAAUGGCUUGUUUCCUGAUCCUCUACAGGUUCAUGCAGGUUUUGAAGCAAUAGACACGUCUGCUGUCAACUGUAGCAUACAAAAUGACGAUGCUGGAGGCCUGAAGAAGCUAGACAGCUUUGGAAGAUGGAUGGAUAAAGAAAUGGGUGGAGAUUGCGAGGACUCCCUACUGGCAGCUAACUCUGGAAAUUAUUGGAAUGCACUUGAAACGGAAAACGAUAGAGACCAAGCAUCAAGUUUAACACAUCAUAUGCAGUUGAAUACGGAUUCGGUUGGUCCCUCUCUUGCCAAAGAACAGCAAUUUAGUAUAUUGGACUUUGCACCAGAUUGGGCUUAUUCAGGAACGGAAACAAAGGUUCUAAUUGCAGGCACUUUCGUGGGUGACAAGAAACGUUGGAGUGAAAUUAAAUGGUGUUGUAUGUUUGGUGAAAUUGAAGUGCCAGCUGAACUUGUGACAGAGAACACCAUUCGAUGUCAAGUUCCUUUCCAUGCUGCCCAGCGCGUUCCAUUCUACAUCACCUGCGGCAAUAGAUUAGCUUGUAGUGAGGUGCGUGAGUUUGAGUAUGUUGAAAAGCCAGCAGAACACCCUGUUGACGAAGAUGAACUUGUUCUAAUGAUUAGACUUUCAAAGUUGCUAUCUUCUUUGGGGAUUCAGAGGAAAUGGUUAGGCUGCUCGAUGAUGAACUGUGAAAAAUGCAAGUUGAAGGAUGUCAUUUGUUCUCUUGUACGAGACAAAGAACGGAGUUGGAAAAGAAUCACAGAGGCGUUUAAAGGGAACUCUGAGGAGUUGCUAAUACAGAAUUUGCUGAAAGAUAAACUUUAUGAGCAGCUACUUCCUGAAGCCCAUGAAACGUGCCAAGGACUGCGUAUGUUAGAUGAAAAAGGCCAAGGUGUUAUUCAUUUGGUGUCGGCUCUUGGUUAUGAGUGGGCAGUUGGUCCGAUUGUUGCUGCUGGUGUCAGUUCCAACUUCAGAGAUGCACGAGGACGGACCGCCCUCCACUGGGCAUCACUUUAUGGCAGAGAGGAAACAGUAGUUGCACUUGUUAAAUUGGGUGCAUUUGCGGGUGCUGUUGAUGAUCCAACAGGUUUGAAUCCUGGUGGACAAACAGCUGCUGAUCUGGCAUCAAGUAAAGGUCACAAGGGGAUUGCUGGAUAUUUGGCAGAAGAGGAUCUUACAAGUCACCUUUCAGCAUUGUCUGUGAAUGGUGGCAACAGUGCAGUGGCGAAUGGAGACAAGGAACAUUCCUUAAGAGGGUCAGUUGCAGCCGUGAGAAGAUCAGUACAUGCGGCUGCACUUAUUCAAGAUGCUUUCAGGGCUCGUUCUUUUCGUCAGAGACAAGUUAGCAGAAACAUGAACGAGGAGCUUGUGGCCCUUGCUACGGCUGCUGCUGCUUCUUCUUCACAUAAGGUCCAGAAAAGGGGUGAGUAUGAAGAUUAUCUUCAGGUUGCUGCUGCAUCAAGGAUCCAGCAAAAAUACCGGGGGUGGAAAGGAAGGAACGACUUCUUAAAGAUUCGUGAGCGCAUUGUGAAAAUUCAGGCGCAUUUCCGGGGACAUCAAGUUCGUAAGCAUUAUAAGAAGGUGGUGUGGUCGGUGGGGAUUGUGGAGAAAGCAAUACUGCGUUGGAGGAGAAAGAGUCGGGGGCUGCGAGGGUUCAGGGUGGGGAAGGAAGAAGCAGCAGGAGAGUAUGAUUUUCUAAGAAUAGGUCGGAGACAGAAAUACGUGGGGGUGGAGAAGGCAUUGGCGAGGGUGCAGUCGAUGGCUCGUCAUCCUGAAGCCCAGGAGCAGUACAUGAGGCUGGUGGAAAAGAUGAAGAGACAUGAAGAAGAUAGAUAAAGAGUAAACACUAGAAGUAGUAAUAGAAGGAUUUGGACCAUGGAAAUGCUUCUUGUAAAAAGCUUUCACGUUUAACAUUACAAGAGAGCAAAAGCAGUAGCAAUAGCAAUGGUGGUAAUUAGUCUC